CAGCGCGGGCACCUUCACCAAAUCAUCGAAUCACAGAGUUUCUAAACCCAGAGGCGCAACAUUACAAGACUUCCGGGAAUGCUGGCUAAACAGACGAGACGGGAACAAUUAUUAUUUAGUUUUUAAUUUUCUCUAAAUCUAAAGGCACAACUUAGAUUCGAGCCAAUGUUUUAAGUAGUCGAACAUGGUAUUACCCCAACCUUGUGAAAGUAACAAACGGACACGUUUUCAUUUUCGUCAAAAAUUACUUGAUAUCGAAAGAUUUCCGUUGAUUUGACGGCCUGCACAUGCGGAGUUCGGUGCUAGACGACCGUUAGUCCCGAUUACAUGUUGAUACGCAUGAGCCUUGCUAUCCAACGUCGCCAUGACAUCGCCUACAAGUGUGAUCGGGGAAUUCUAUUGGAGAAGCAGUUUUAGCCUAUCUUCAUACUGUACCGUCUUUGAUCAAAUUAAUUGUCCGGCAAAAGCAUAACGUAGCUAGCUAAAAUGUAUCUCUCUAAAUUAUUACGUUGUUAAUUAUGUGAGUAAUCAAAUGUUUGUAAUUGGCUAUACUUUGCGAUAAAAUAACCAAUAGCUGAAUGACGUCGAUAACUGAUCUAUUUAGCUAGCUAGGCUAGCUUGGUAUUGGUAACAUUUGUCAUGUACAGCUAAUCAGUUUGUUGGAGAAAGAAAAUGAUAUCUAUCCAAUAGUAUAAUCUACGAUGACGAGAAGAUUGUAGUGUGGAAACCAUGAAAAGAUCUAGAAGUGUUGGUGCGUCUUCACCUUUGAAUGGGAUUGGGAAACAAGCUAUCUCAGGAGGAUGUUCUGGCUAAUGGCCACUGUGCUACUGUAACUGCUGUGAGUUGAGACCUCACCUGAACCGUUGUCAUGUGGUAAGAUGGGGACUCCCGGAGGAAGAGGAAGUUGGCGGAGAUCUCUCAGGCCCUGAACGUGACGCCAGUUGACGUGGCAGUGCUGAGGAGGAUGGCCAUCAGCGAGGGGGGGCUGCUCACUGAUGAGAUCCGCUGUAAAGUGUGGCCACGGCUGCUCAACGUGCCCACCGACAUCCUGCCUGAGAAACCAGAGGAAGUAGAGCGGGAGAAUAAUAAGGACUAUAACCAGGUGCUGUUGGAUGUCCAGCGUUCCCUGCGAAGAUUCCCUCCUGGCAUGCCAGACGAGCAGCGUGAGGGCCUCCAGGAGGAGCUGAUUGACAUCAUCCUGCGGGUGCUGGGAAGGAACACUCAGCUGCACUACUACCAGGGCUACCAUGACAUCGUGGUCACCUUCCUGCUGGUGCUGGGUGAGCGGCUUGCUACCGCUCUGGUGGAGAAACUCUCCACGCACCACCUCAGGGACUUUAUGGACCCCACCAUGGACAACACUAAACACAUCCUUAACUAUCUGAUGCCAAUCAUCGAGAGGGUCAAUCCAGAGGUGCAUGACUUCAUGCAGCAGGCGGAGGUGGGCACCAUCUUUGCCCUUAGCUGGCUCAUCACCUGGUUUGGCCAUGUCCUGUCAGAUUUCCGACACGUCGUGCGGUUGUAUGACUUCUUCCUGGCCUGCCAUCCCCUGAUGCCAAUCUACUUUGCUGCUGUGAUUGUGCAGUACCGGGAGGAUGAGGUGUUGGACUGUGAGUGUGACAUGGCAUCGGUGCACCACCUCCUGUCCCAGAUCCCCCAGGACCUGCCCUACGAGACGCUCAUCAGCCGCGCAGGAGACCUCUUUGUCCAGUUCCCCCCCUCCGAGCUGGCCAGGGAGGCUGCCCAGCAGUACAGUCAACAGAUGGCGCCCUCCACCUUUAAAGACUUUGAUCUAACCCCGGAGCAGCAGAGGCCGGACACGGUGCUGCGGAGGCGGCGGAGAGAGAAGCAAGCGCUGAAGGGAGCUGCUUCAGGUGCUAUGGUGGCGACCGCCCAACCCACCGCGGCUCGGCGCUUCGUCCGACUGGCCGUCAUGGGGCUCACUGUGGCCCUGGGGGCAGCCGCCCUAACCCUGGUCAACACGGCCCUAGAGUGGGUGCCCAAACUGGACCUACACCUCUUCCCCUGAGAGAGAGAGAGAAGGGGACUUGUAGGCGAGCGAAGGGGACUUGUAGGCGAGCGAAGGGGACUUGUAGGCGAGCGAAGGGGACUUGUAGGCGAGUGAAGGGGGCUGACGGCCAUUAUAGCAGAAGACAUCCACGGGAAGGAGAGAGAAUAGAGAUCUUUGUAAAGAGAAUAUGGAGUUCUUUUCCACAUUUUAAUAUGAAGGACGUGAAUGGGACAGAGACUUGACUGUCGACGUUGUAUUUAAUUUAUAUUUGUUAAUAAAAUAACCGAAUGGUGAUAAAUGUUGUGCUGAGAGAGAUUAAACUAUUAGCAGUGAUGGCAAGCGACAACUUGUAGCAAAGACAGGUUUCCUAGGUUGAAGAGUUGUCACCGGGGUCGAAACUGCUGCCAAUGAAGAGCGUGUGUAAGAGUGUGGAUGUGUCUGAAAUGGCUCCCUAUGUAGUGCACUGUAUAGGGAAUAGGGUUUCAUUUUAGACAGUCUGCGAUCAGGUUCAGGGGUGAGUUAAAUGUCCCUCUGAACCUCACAUGGGCCAUGUUGGCACAAGGACAGAGAUCCCGCUAGCCCGCCACUGGCAUGGUACCCCCCCCCCCCCCGGCAGAUCAUCAAGUUGAAUCCUCUGCCUUCAACACAUCAUGUCCCGCUUCCUUUCAUUCUGUACCGAGACCAAAUACACAUGUCUUAGUCCCGUCUUUGUAUGUAUAGCACUUAAUUUUCUAAAGCAUCAUUAUUAUUGUUAAGUAAGUUAUAGGAAAUAUACAUUUUGUACAAACACACCCAUGUUUAACAUAUCAAAUUAAAGGAAUCCAUUUGGGUCUUCUGACCUUAUGGAUGACAAUUUGCAAUAGUUACUUUCCACAGCAUGCCUAGGUUAGGUUUGGAAUAGGUUAGCUUUGUGAUCUGUGACAAAGCACCGAUAGCACUCCCAGACAUCCCAUGAGCCUUGGCUUGAUCCCAUGCUUUUAUUGCACAAUAAUGAUGUCCUAUUACAUUGUUUGCACACCCUAUCCUCACAUUUCAACCAAACUCACCAAAUGGCCUGGUCGUAGAAAUGACAAGGUUUUUUUCACAUUUAAUUUUAAGAAAUGUUGCUUGAGCUUAUUGACUACAGUUGACAUGAUUUGAAUGUGUCGCAUUGGACCUACUAAAAUUUGUUCAACAGAGAUACAUGAGUAGAAUCAUGUGUAGUCGACUCGAUUGUGACACGCAGAUACUCAGCGGUGCCUAUUGACUCCCAUCAGUGUUAGCCAUGGAUGGUUUUCAUUGCACUGAAAUAGCCUCAUUCUGUAUCAUUGCAAUGGUUUUUAUCAGCCUUUUAUGUUGAAUUGUUAUAUUUGUCAUGAGAAUAAAAAAUAUAUUAAAAAAAGAUCAAUGCAAACUGCAUAGGUUGAGUGGAC